AUGCAGAGUGUGUUUUAUCCUGAUGAAAGGAUCAACAUGAGAUAUGACAUUAAAGGCUGUGAGGUGGACCGGUGGAUCAACCCUGAGACAAAGGCAGAACAAAUGGUACAAGUACUGAAGGACAAUAACUUUGACAACCAGCAUAUAACAUUAGGUCAAGAGAAAUCUUGGUUUGACAGUCAAGUAAAAGCUGAUACAGCCUUCCUUCGGGAACUGGACGUGCUCGACUACAGUCUCCUGCUGGCCCAUCAACCUCUGCACCGAGAUGAGCUUGAAGGGAAACAUUCUUUGGCAAAUCUUGUUCUACGCACCACCAAGUGAUGUGCUGCAGAACAAACAAGGUCUGAUUCAGAACUGCAGCAGUUCCAGGAUCAUCAUCGCAGACUACUGCCCAACUUCAAAAACACAGUUCACGUCAUCGAUGGGCCUGAUCGCCGCUACUUUGUGGGCAUAAUAGACAUCUUUACGGUGUAUGGUUCAAAGAAAAGAUUUGAACAUCUUUGGAAAAGCCUCUGUUUCCAUGGAAGAGCCUUUUCCACUGUCAGCCCCGCAAAGUACUCCCACAGGUUCUGCAAGUGGAUCCAGGCCCACACUCAGUGA